AUGUCGCCGCAGCCGCAUCCGACGCUACGUUUCCCGCCGUCCCCAUCCCGUUUGCCUGCCUGCCGUCCGCCGACAGUCCUGUUCCUGUUCCUGUUUCCGUUUUUUCUUGGCUUCCAAGUCCGGAUGAGCAACCAAGGCACGGACUCUGUGCAGUGCCAGUCAGGGACUGAUCCCGAUGUCGUCGUAUCGCAUACCACCUCGCUGCAUAUGCAAGGAGGUCUAGUGCCCUCUUCUCUCGGCCAAAUCGCCCAGCGUUCCGGACUGGACGUCGGAACAAUCGCCACACUGAUCCGUUGA